AGUGGCAGAGUGGUGUUAUCUUUUUGUGAGAUAAAUUAAUUUAAUCCUGCGAGGGAUAAUCACAUUUAGAUAGAACAUACAUGUUGUUUUUUCUUCCUUGUGUGAGCUUUCCACUCAAGUUAUCACCCGUGGCUUCGCGCAACUGCUUGGUUUUGUCGGAGCCAACAGCGCCGGUUUGACGUCGACAAUCUGUCGUUUUCCCCCCAACCAAGAAAUCUGGACGCACGUAGUACGGCAGCGUUUGGAGAGCUUACUGCCCGUUUGCCAACUCUCGCAUAUUUCCGAGUUAUUCCUACGGCCAUACUCCUGGUUACAGCAGACGUUAGAAUAGUUACCUCCUUCGACUUACUCAUAAGUUUGUAUGUAUUUUUCUAGUUUUUUGGUGGACGCUUCCCGCAUUGCAUUCACCAACCCUGACGCUUUUUCUUUCUGUUUCAAGUCAUACGGCCAGUAUGCUGUCCUGUUCAAUCUAAUUACACUCUGAAGUUAUCCGCGCGUAAAGAAGGCGUUACUUGGAGAGGUUUGUGCAUUGCUUGUAGCACCCGUUUUCAGCACCCAGGCGAGGGGACAGCGACCGUAGCGCACUGGAAAUGGAGCCAUCCACGGCACCCGGUGCUGAUCUGUCCGAUCUCUACUCAGUGAUCCCAUUCAAUGUCACCUUCCCCGACGAUACCAUGGGGUUCGUGCCCGUUGGAAAUUAUACGGAGCCAAGCCCAACCAGAAGUCCUGUGGGAAUCAUAAUAGCCAUCUCCAUAACGGCCCUCUACUCCGUGAUCUGUGUGGUGGGACUGCUUGGAAAUAUACUCGUUAUGUAUGGUGUAGUAAGGUACACCAAGAUGAAGACGGCCACCAACAUCUACAUCUUCAACCUGGCGCUGGCCGACGCCCUGGCCACCAGCACGCUCCCCUUCCAGAGUGCCAAGUACCUGAUGAACACCUGGCCGUUCGGCGAGCCUCUGUGCAAGGUGGUGAUCGCCAUCGACUACUACAACAUGUUCACCAGCAUCUUCACACUUACCAUGAUGAGCGUGGACCGCUACAUCGCUGUGUGUCACCCCGUGCGCGCUCUGGGGUUCCGCACGCCCGUCAAUGCCAAAAUCAUCAAUGUGUGCAUCUGGAUGCUCUCAUCCGCCGUUGGCGUGCCCAUCAUGGUCAUGGCCGUAACCAAGGUGACAGACAACGGAAGAAUUGUCUGCACCCUGAAGUUCCCUGACCCAGACUGGUACUGGGACACGGUGACAAAGAUCUGCGUGUUCAUUUUUGCGUUCGUGGUUCCCGUCCUAGUCAUCACCAUCUGCUACGGCCUGAUGAUCCUGCGCUUGCGGGGCGUGCGCCUGCUCUCCGGUUCUAAGGAGAAGGACCGGAACAUGCGCCGGAUCACCCGCAUGGUCCUGGUGGUGGUGGCGGCCUUCAUCAUCUGCUGGACACCCAUCCACAUCUUCAUCAUCGUCAAGACGCUGGUGGACAUCGACCAGAGGAACCCCUUCGUCAUUGCCAGCUGGCACCUGUGCAUCGCCCUGGGCUACACCAACAGCAGCCUCAACCCCGUGCUCUACGCCUUCCUGGAUGAGAACUUUAAGAGGUGCUUCCGUGACUUCUGCCUGCCGUUCCGCACCCGCGUGCAAAGCAACAGCCAGUCCCGGGCACUGAACGCCAACACCCGGGAGCCUGUGUCCGUCUGCGCCCCUUCAGAGGCCGGGAAGAAACCGGUAUGACUAGGCAUGGACCGGAUCCCCUACGGGUCCCGCUCCAGAAGAGUCCAACAGGACCUGCAUUCUGAGGUCACUCAGAUCUCCACCACUGAGUUUUAACAACCCGCCACUAAGGGGGGGGGGGGGGGUGAAGUCAGAUAUCUGCUGCGUCAUCAGAAAUGUCAUGCCUGCGGCAAACGAAAAAAUCUGCUGAGUCAUUCUACCUAACAAAUGAGCGCGAGUACAUAUAUGUCAACUUGAUCAUCACAUCAUGGAUGACAGAACAGCAUCACCAGCCAUAAGACUGUUUGUAAACGUCCCCCAAAGGAGACAGACGAGUCUUUGAAGCUAAUUUAGACGGAGAACAUUUUCAUUCUCUUUUUUUUCUUUUGUUAGUACUGGUUAAAAGGAUGGUGUUAGUUUGGGUCUACACAGAAUAGUCCUAGUCUUACAGUAGCAACCUUCAAAACAUUUUGGUAAGAUAUUGUGCUAGUUGACGGAGUUUUGCCUUUUUCUUUUUUUACUACAUCAACCAUUUUCAGUGUCUUACUCAGUGCAAUGAGUCAUGUUGUGAAUGAAACAUUCAAAGCAGGACGAGAUCAAUUAAUGGUCAAUCUACAAUUUUCUUGAAGGACACAAGAGUAACCAGAAGAGAAAAAUCUUUAAAUCGGAGAAGCAGAGACUUAGCACUGAUAGGCUGCUGUCACAGUCAGUGGCUAUCAAAGGUUCAAGUGUUCCUUUGGGGACAGUGAACUCCCAGGACACCAUGCUAAAGACAACUGGCAGUGACUGCACGCCUUGUAGGAAAUCUCAGUGACAUGGCAGGCUUCAGUCCCAGAGGAAGAAUCUUUUGCUCUUGUCGGAGAUUGCACUUCAGAUUGCAACCCCCCCCUUAAACCACCGAAGCACUGAAGCAUGAAGCAGAGGGCGGGGAAUCCUUUGUGACAGUCACAUUAUAGGUGCAGCCCUCCUGCUCUCAGUGAAGAACAAACCCUAAACGCCGUCUCACAUCUUUUCACAGGCAAUGAAACGGGCGUGAGGACUGCCUCCGGCUCUUUUCCACGGGGGAAACCUUAUUUCUCUCUCUCUCUCUCUCUCUCUCUCUUUCUCUCUCUCUCUCUCUCUCUCUCUCUCUCUCUCUCUUUCUCUUUUUCGCUUUAACAUGUUCACUGACUCCAGCACAGCAGUUGUGAAGAGACCCCCUCUGGGGAUAAUCAUUGGCAACUCUUCUACUUCACCUGUGAUGGCUGACACAAAGACGCAAGGCCGAAAGGAAUUUUAUGGAGUCAGAUUUGUUUAUUAAUUGACAAACAAAUGUCACAUGAUUCACAAAUAAAUGUUACGCCAUUCACAAAUGUAAACACCGUUACAUUCAUCUACAGACUGUCACUCAUUUGUGAACAUCCCUGCAUUUUCGUGUGGAUGUUUGACACUUUCCUGACUCUGCUUUAGUCACAAAGACUGAUUAGACAAAGAGGAAACCGCGACACAUUUGAUUUGGCUAAGUUCCAUUCAAUUGACCCUAACCCUAACCCUGAACCCUCGUGGAGCAAGCACAAAGGCGACCGAGGCAAGGAAAAACUCCCUCUUAACAGCAAGAAAACCUUGAACAGAACCUUGGCUCAUGGAAUUCAUUUGUGAAUCGUGUGACAUUUAUUUGUGAAUUAAGAAACUAAUCUGAUUCCAUGGAAUUUGGCUUUCAAAUCCUUCACUAAAAAACAAAGCUGUUUCAUCUGACCUUUCUUCACCUACUCUAAGGUACCACUGGGAUACUACACUAUUGAUUUAUUUUCAAAGGAAGGAAUGUUCUGAAUGGUCAAUGGAACAAGACCUGAAGCGAUCUGAGAGAUUUAAUGAUUUAAUGAUUUAAAGGACCUUGAAUUCCUUGCAAAUGUAUGGUAACUCUUUAAAAAAGACCUUUCAUGAUAAUGCCAAGGCGGAUCUAAAUGGCAAAAACAUAGUAGGUGGUUUUCUUCAGACAUUCAACUAUGUGCAGCAUUCACAAAUAGUUGUUGGCUUCUUGCAGAACACAAACAGGCAGGCAGAUAAUUGCUGCCCAUCCUUUUAGUAUGAAUGAAAGUCUGUCAUGACGAAUCUGUAGCACAAAUGCUUUGGGGUGAGUUUAGGUCUGACAGACUGCAUUAGGUCAGUUACGCUACCUUUAGCCACAUCAAUCAUCAGCUAGUCAUCAGCUACGCUACAUCGUUAAAGUUGAUCCAGUAGCCCGUCGCCAGAGGAAGCCCAUAAGAAUAUACCGGCAAGCCAAUAAGAAUACACCGGCAUAAUUCAUUACACAGAUCAAUCAUUUUAAAUUACCUUUAAUAUAAUCUUAAAUCCAAAACGUUGGUUUCUAUCUGCCUCGAAUUGAUCAAUUCAAUAGUGUUCUGCUCUCAACCUGAAAGUGCAUGAGCUGUGGUUGCACUCUAGUUCAAGUGAGGGUUUUCUCUGUGUUUUCUAAGACCAGUAUAGCUUUAGGUAUUGAAGAUAUGAAAUAAGGAGGACAGUACUUAUUGUGGUAGGAGGACCAUUAGCUGCCAAAUUUGACUGAAUGUAUUUUAACUAUAAUACGUCUGUGGAGCCAAAUGAGAAAAAAAGCAUUUUGACAGAAACGUGCGAAAUCGAUUGUAUGUAGAUAUUUUUUACAUUAUCUUUCUAUUGCUUCCUUUUGAUUUAGGAUCAAAAGUAGCUUCUGAAAAGUUUGGUAUUUCAGGGUAUGUUUUUCUGUCGUGCUUUCAGGUAAUUGCUUGCUGGUUUUUUUUCGUGUUGAUGUUUUAAAGCCACUGGCAGAUGGAGCUUAUGAAGAUCUCCGAUGACCCUAAAGAGGGAAACCUAAGGUCCUGUCCUCGCUAACUUGGGAAAAUUUGAAAAUGCAUGAUUAUUUUUCUGUUUAGCCCUACCGUCCACACUAAAUUGGCGUUUUCCAAAACCGAAAAACUAUACUUUUCAAAUGUGGACAAUGAGUUUCGGAAACAAUUACGGAUGGUUGCCAUGGAGACACAAUCAACAACAAACACUUCUAUUGCGUUUUAGCGUGGGCAUAGAACAUGUUUUACAUAAAAUCUGCAUUUUCAGUUUGACCUGGCUUAGUGUGGACGUAGCCUUGGAGUUCUUUUGUGCUUUGCAAACAUUCUGCAUACUGAGGAUGAGAGUCUUUUCAAUGCUCCGAACAGUUCUGCUGCCAAAUUGCCAAAGGACUUUUGGAACACAGAUCAUUGUUUUCUUCCCUUUUCUUCUAUCGUGUGACAUUUAGCAAACUUUUAUAAAAUAUCUACAGCAAUUACUGUAUAGUGGCAACAGUGUUUUUUUCCUCCAGUUCUGUUCUAACACAUGUGGAAGAAAAGGUGAUCUGCCAAAAUCAAGGACUCCAUUAAUUGCGGUUGCAGCUCCAACCAGUGGACUUCAGCUUAUUGCCUUUCAUUAACUAGUAGGCCUACUUUUAUUUAACAAACGGACCGUUACUGCCUUAUCUUUUCUUGCUUUCCUUUUGAAGAACUCCAACUGCAUCAUUAUCUCUGUUCAUGGCGAUUUGUAACGUGUUUUUUUUCUCCAUACAACUGGUCUUUCAUCUUUUAAAUGCAAAGAUGCCUAUAGUGCUCUAUAACUUAGACCUACAUUUUCUGCAAUUAUUAGGUGACACUUUGAAGGCUCAUGCAAGAGAAAACAUGCUGUUUAUAUUUCGCUUAACAAUGCUAUGCUGUAAAUCCAGACUUGUGUUUGUGUAACUGUAGGAGGACAGUUGUGUUGUUUGGCUGUUGCUUUUCUGUGAGCCUGUGAGUCAGGCCGUUAGCCUUGUUUAGUGUUUAUUUUUUGUAUGUGUGUGGAUGGACCUAAAAAACAACAAACAAUAAAGCCAACACGCAAAGUUACUCAAAGAUGUUAUGUUUCCA